CAGGAACGCUCGCGGCCCCCGAACAGAUCACGGCGAUCGAGCAGAUCAUGCUGUCGAUCGAGAAGGCCGAGAAUGCGGGUUUGCCACCUCCCGCCGCGAUCUCCGUGUCUUUGCCCGGUUUCCAGUUCCCCGCCGACGAGUUCUUCAGCGAGAAGGUCCCGAGGUUGUUGGCGGAGCCGGCCGUGCUUCCACAAGCGCAGGAGGCUUCGCAGGGGCAGGGGCCAGGCACCGGGAUCCGCUCGUUCUUCCAGCAGGGCGCAGUUCAAUUCUCCGUCGGCGCUUCCGAGCGGAUCAUCGAGGCGCAGAUCUCGGAGGUGGUGUUUCGCGUCCCCCGCUCCGAGGACCAGGAGGACCCCAAGGAGCGGGAAGAGCACGACGUGAAGGAGGGAACCAGUGAGCAGGGCGACGGCGACAAGAUCCCAGCUGUUGUCAGCCAGGAGCAAUGAUCGACGCUUCGUGUGUCCCUCCCCAGACGAUUCUCGCUGGAAGAAAUGUGGAGAAGCAGUGAACAACAUAUUGCUCAUCAGAGGCAGAGGCGGCGAGAGGCCGGGCGUUUCGCGCUUCCACAUUUCCGCCCGCGCGUGGCCCGGCAGAUCCGGGCAGCGUUCAUCCCCUAGCUUCUCCCAGAUGUCACCCGGCAGAUCCUGGCAGCGCGCAUCCCCGUUGGUGUCUUCCGAGGCGUGACCCGGCACAUCCAUGAGGUCGCAUGUCCGGGCAUAUCUGCAUUUCCGUCCAAGCGUGACCCGGCACAUCCGGGCAGCGCAUGUCUACGAUUCCUUCCAAGAGUGACCGGGCAGAUCCAGGCAGCGCGCAUCCGUUUUGUGUUUUUCCAGCCGUGAGACUGCAUAUCCGGGCAGCGCGUAUUUGCAUUUCCUCCCAAGCGUGACCCGGCACAUCCGGGCAGCGCGCCGGCGCGUACUCUUAUCCUGUUGCCCGAGGGUCGUUCUGAUUGCUGCAGGCACGCGGGUUGAGCAUUUGUUUCUUCUCCUUCUUGGGCCGUGCGAUUCGGCGGCGACCGCUACCCGCACGAGCCUGCCAUGCAGGCGCGAGCCCAAUCUCCAACUUCUGGCGAGCCCUUUUACCCGAAUGCGGUCGAUUGUUAGCUAAUUGCUCUAAGUUGUUAUGCUUUCCCCUCCUGCAGAUUCAGAGUGUUUUUCGAACCUGCAUGCACGCAGGUUCGGAGUGUUUUUUUUGUGCUGUUGUUUUACGCCUUCUUCAUCUUCAUGAUGGUGAUGCUGAUGAUUUCUGGCCCGCAUGCCGACAUGUCUUCGCCACGCAGAAGUGACGGCGACGUGUUUUUUCAAUUUCUUUGCACCCGGGGGGCCCUCGCCAGGCCCCAGGACCUUCUCCGCUUC